AUGGCUGAGCUGGAGCUCCAGAUCAACCAAAUCCUGGGCGGCCUGGACAACCUGGCCGAGUCCCUGGGCAUCGUGACGGAGCGCGUGGCCCAGCUGGACGAGGACGACGACGGCGAGGACGACCAGGAGUUCCAGGACAGCCACGACGAUGGCGACGACGACGACGACGACGACGACGACGAGGAGGCGCAGCCUGUGUGUGACCGCGGGCGGGACUGGCUCGCGGAGGGCUUCCUGCAAGGGAAGGUGAAGAGUUCGACGCCCAAGACCGAGCUGGACGUCAUCCUGCAGCCGCUGCAGAAGAGGGUGCAGGAGCUGCUGGACCAGGCGGAGAGCGGCGAGCGGGAGCCGCCCUUCCCCGGGGCGAGCGCGGCCGACGACAGGCUGGCGGAGGCGGAGAGCGCGCAGGACUCGCCCUUCGAGACGUCCUUCAACCUGGACGCCUUCACGGACAUCGCCAGCUGCCAGACGGAGAUCGAGGCCCUCACGCGCUCGUGGAACCUGAGCGCGGUGCCCGGCGACCCCGCGGCCAGGGGCUGGGCGCAGGACGACGGCGGCCAGCUCGCCAAGUUCCUCAAGGACGUGUCCGUGUCGGCCGCCUCCGACGAGUCCCUGCAGGCGUUCGGCAAGUACGGCAAGACGGUGGGCAAGCUCAAGGUCGUGCCCAGGCUACAGCCGAGCCACGAGAGCCUGGCCGCCGCCCUCAGGAGCCACAGCACGAGCGGCGCCUCCGACGCCAGCAGAAUCCGCUCGGUGUCCUCCUUCGUGGACAGCGGCGGCCUGCAGCAGGAGCAGGCGGGCGGGCGGCCGCGCUCGCACACCAGCGCCGCCGCCGCGCAGCAGGAGGGCCAGGCGCACGGGUCGUCCGUGGCCAUGCUGGGCUCCAAGCUGCGGAGGACGCAGACGCAGGGGCGGGGCAAGGGCCACGUCGACGUGCUGGACAUCGAGAGCCUGAUCCUGGACAGCGAAGAAGGCAGCGAAUACUAA